AUGAGUUUGCUAAGGCAGUUACGCCUGUUGCUCCACAAGGAGUUCAUCGGUGCGUGGCGAAACAAGUUGUGGACAUUGCUCGAGGUUGCUGUGCCAGUGCUCAUUUCGCUGCCUCUCGCUAUCAUCGUUGUCCAGAAGUCUUCAUCCGUAAAGCAUGACGAGCAGCUCUAUAAGCCUUUUCAAGUGACAGGAGAUUGGCGAGAUGUGGAUAGACUUCUGGAUAAUAUGAAGUCAAUUUACAGUUCUUGUGGUCGACGUAACAAAAGAAGCCUUGGACUCAUUUUCGCAAAUGAGACGGCAAUGAUGGAAGCGCUUUCGAAAGAUUUCAGAGAAUCCUUCUUAUGUACAGACUACAUUGCCGGUGUGAUAUUUGAUGAAUACAACAAAAGCACGGCACGUUUACGGUAUACGUUACGAAUUCGACAAACUGACGAUCUACAAUCACAGUGGUACAUUGGCGAUGAUGUUUGGGGGCCCGGCGGAGCGUAUGAAGUUAUGGAAGAUCACUUUCAAGUAAACAUCAACCCGAACUACUGGUCCUCGGGUUUCCUGUCGCUACAGUAUGCGGUGGAAUCUGUUUUCCUUAAAAGCAUUGACAGUGCGAAGUACAGUGGAGAUGAUUUGGAGUUCAGUUUGGAGCGAUUGCCCGAGCCAACUUAUUUUGAGAAAGCAAUGGUAUUGCCAGCUUUGUUUGUUAUAACAAUACUAGUUUAUGCUGCGGGCAUUGUAACUUUCGCAUUGUUUGCUUCCACGAUUUUCCGUAGUGCUGGAAUGGCUGUCAAAGGAGCUGGUUUCUUAUGGCUUGCUAGCAUCGCAUUAACGAAUGUCCCAAUCUCGAGCGGAUCGCUGCUUCCCAACAUUAUUUUUUCGCUAAACAUCAACUAUGCGUUUACUUCGGCGCUAAAAUCCGUGCAGGAUUACAUGAGACGAGUGCGUUAUGUUGAUUUUUUUGCAGACGAAUAUCUUGGCUGGCACAAUAUAUUCGAAAAUGCGGCGUACAUGUAUCCGUUUGGAUGGGCGUUUGUAAUGAUGGUUGCCGAUUGCAUACUGAUGUUCCUGCUAGCAAUUUUCUUGGAUUAUGCCUAUCUGUGUGGCGGUUUUUGGCUACUCUCUUUACGGCCGUCGAAGACAGAAAAAGUUCGUCUUCCCGAAGAAGACUACACAGACCAGUUAAAUGAAGAUAUUAAUAUCCGAGGAGCAGAUCCAGAGCAAGAUAAAGCGGAUAUUGUUGUAACAAAAUUAACCAAAAAAUAUUCAGCGGAAACGGUCGUUGACAAGUUAUCUUUUUCUGCACGUCGUGGGGAAAUAACGGUUCUUCUGGGACAUAAUGGCGCUGGCAAAAGCACAACAUUCUCAAUGAUAACCGGGCUUAUUACGCCAACGUCAGGCAUCAUCUCUAUUUGUGGAAAAGUACUGAAUUCGAGGAGCAUCAAGAAAUGCCAGCAUGAAAUUGGGUAUUGCCCACAGUACAAUGCACUAUUUGAUUCGCUGACAGUGCGCGAGCAUUUGGAAUUAUUUCGAGAACUCAGAGGUAUUAAAGACCGCUACGCCGAAGUAUCUGAGAUGAUCUCCGAUCUACACCUUGAUAAUGUUGCUGAUACGGUAGGUGCACCAUCCAUGUUAUUUUAA